CUUCAAAAUAAAUAAAUUUUGUCACAUGCAUAUAUAUAUAUUUUAUGAAUUUGUGUUAAAUUUUUCAUAAAAUUUAAUAAAAAAUUUCAAGUUUUUUUUUUAAUCUAAAAUGUACUUAUUGAAACAAUGGUAAAUCGUUCAAAUCGCUGUUCAAAUGUGUCAACCGCAUCUAGAACAUCUAGCUGCAUAGAUUGUAUAUAUCACUGCUGCCCAAGAAGUUGCAUUAAUAAAUUUUGUCGAGAUCAGUGUGAAUUAAUAAACGAUCGAACUUACACAACUUUAAGAAAAAUUUGUCACAAAAUAUUUAAAGACUUCAACAGGGCUCAUUGCCGUGAAAAGUAUACGGUAUUUGACGGAGGCAAUAGUAUCAAUGUCAGAAUACAUCGAUCAGGUUCUCGUGGCGAUGGACACAAUAAGGAUCAUAAAUAUGACAAAUCUAGUGAAGGUCGUUACCGAAUACAUAGUAAAACCAAAGAUGGUAUUGUUCAGGAGACCAGAGGAGACAAAUUGUUUGUAAGGAAGGAAGGGAGAGAUGAAGAGAAUAUUAAUUUUGAUGCCAAUGUAUCUAAUCGUAAGAAAACAAUGGAUGGUAAGAGCAAAGUGGCUGGGGAAGAAGUCAUAGACUAUUACGACAAAAUAAAUCAAAAAUGGAAAAGUAGCAGACGUAGAGAGGGGGAACUGAACGGUUAUGAUAAAAAUGAUCCCGAUAUAACACUAAAAGAAAGAGAAGUGUUGGUUCAUGGAAUUAAAAAAGGCAACAAAAAUUACGUUCCUGAUAUCAAUGAUAAAACCACAGAAGAUUUAAAAAAUAAAAAGAAGGGUAAAUCCUUGAGGGUUAAUAAUGACACUUUCAAAGAUGAUAAUGAAUCAGAUGAAAACUUCAAUCGAAAAGGAAAGUUUGGUAAAAGUGAUAGCAAAAUGAAAGAAAAGUACAGUAAAAAUCUGAAGAAAGGAGAAUCAAAUUAUAAAGAUCGUGAGUUAGGCAUAUCUGAAAUGGAUAAUACAAAAACCAAAAAAAGGAAGAAUAAAUAUAAAGAAGAUGAAGAUGGAGCAAGUAUUGGAAGUGAUGAUGAAUAUACUAAAAAAAGAACAUACGGAAAGGGAAUUAAAAAUAAAUAUAAAAAAAAUAAUGGUGGUGCAGAUAUUGUUAGUGAUUACAACGAUUACAUUCAAAAGAGAACAUAUGGAAAGGGAAAUAAAGACAAUUACAACAAUGGCAAUUUCGAAAAUACUGCAAGAAAUGUGAGUAAACGGAGUUCGAGAAAAUCAAAAAGUCUUAAUAAAAAUGGCGAAACACCAAGAAAUGUCAGGCAAUAUAAAUAUCGCAAGUCCCAAGAUUUUGAUGUUGUUAAUAAGUUCAAAGGAAAGAAUUAUCGCGUUGUUACUGAUUUACGCACAAAAGUUCGACGACGAGACCAUAUUGGACUUAAUAAUGAAUCAAAUUUUAAUUACAUAAGAAAGUUGCAAGGAUUAAUGUUUAAAAAAGCCGAAUCUCUUCAAUAUAAAUAUAUCAAACCAUCACGAGCUGAUGAAGUUAAAGCAUGUGACUAUUUACGAGCACUCAUGGAACAACGUGAUUUGUGUAGUCAAUUAACUUGCAAUCUACAUUCAAACCAAUUUGGCUCCCAUAUAUGCGUUCCCCAGACAUGUAAUUCAAAUUCCUGCGCAAAAACUGUUAUUUCAUGCUUUUCACAAUCUUGCAAAUGUUAAAAUUUUGUUAGUUUUGUUAAACAGAUUAAAUGACAAACAAAAAUAAAGAAAAACAAAAAUUUUGUCCAAUUUA